CUAGGCCACAACCUCACACUGGGACUGGAGUUAGUUGAUCAGAGAGAAUUUAUUCUACAGAUACAAGACAACAUUUGGAAGAGGGAGUGACAACAAAUUAUAAAAUGGCUUCCAGUUCAUUUUCCCCAGAAGAGGAUUUAUCUUGUCCUGUGUGCUGUGACAUCUUCGUUGAUCCAGUCGUUCUGUCAUGUAGCCACAGCGUCUGUAAAACCUGUCUUCAGAACUUCUGGAAACAGAAGGGAUCUCAGGAAUGCCCAUUCUGCAGGAGAAGAUCCUCGAAGACUGAACCUCCCUGUAAUCGGGUCUUAAAGAACCUGUGUGAGUCCUUCUUACAGACAAGAAUUCAGAGAGAUUCAGCAGGACCUGCGGUGCUCUGCAGUCUGCACAAUGAGAAUCUCAAGCUCUUCUGUCUGGAGGAUAAACAGUCCAUCUGCUUUGUGUGCCAGGCCUCAAAGAAACAUAAAUAUCAUGACUGUGUCCCAAUAGAUGAGGCUGCACACCUGUUUAAGGAGCAACUCCAGACUGCCUUGAAGCCCUUGCAGAAUAAAAUGGAAGUCUUCAAUGAAGUUAAACAAACCUUUGAUCAAACAGCUGAGCACAUUAAGAGCCAGUCCCAGCACACAGAGAGACAGAUUAAGAAGGAGUUUCAGAAGCUUCACCAGUUUCUACUAGAUGAAGAGGCAGUCAGCAUCGCUGCACUGAGGAAGGAAGAGGAGCACAAGAGUCUGAUGAUGAUGAAGAAGAUUGAGAAGAUAAAAGGAGAGAUAUUGUCUCUUUCAGACACAAUCAAAUCCAUAGAGGUGGAGUUGAGAGCUACAGACAUCUCAUUCCUGCAGAACUUCCAGGCCACCAUGAACGCAGCCCACUGCACACUUCCAGACCCAGAGAAGGUUUCAGGAGCACUGAUAGAUGUGGCCAAAAGCCUUGGCAACCUGCAGUUCAGAGUCUGGGAGAAGAUGCAGUGGAUUGUCAAACACUGUGAGUACAAAAUUUAUAAGGAGGGCUUAUAA